GCGGCUGCUGCGGUGGCGACGGGGACGUUGGGGAGGGGCCACUGGGGGAGGGAGACGGCGCAGUGACAAGUCCCGCCGAGGGUGCUGCUGAGGCUACGAUGGCAGAGGGGCCCGAGGAAGCCCGCGGCCGCCCUCCCGGGCAGGACGAUGGCGGAGGGGACCACGAGCCGGUCCCUCCCCUGAGAGGCCCUCCCGCCGCCGCUGCCCCGUCCCCCCGGGCCGGGCCCCAGGUUGAAGUCCAGGCCCCAGGCCGGCCGCCGGCCGCCGCCGAGAACUCGGAGCUGGCGCGUGAGCUCCGGAAGCGCGGGGAGGCGGCCUGCGGCUCCAGUGCGGGGCUGCAGGAGCCGGCGGGCUGCGAGGAGCCCGGGACGGCGGCGCCGCGCGAGAGGCCGCCGCGCCUGAGCGCUCGCGAGUACUCGCGGCAGGUGCACGAGUGGCUGUGGCAGUCUUACUGCGGCUACCUCACCUGGCACAGCGGCCUGGCCACCUUCCCCGCCUACUGCACCCCCCACCCGCCCCCACCGACCUACCCUGCGGCCGGCGCUGCGGUCCCCCAGCUGGGCUAUUACAACCCCUUCUACUUCCUGAGCUCCGGGGCCGCGGGACCCGACCCCGGGGCGGCUGCUGGCCUCACCACUCCUGCUCCGGUCUCGGGCCUGGGUCCCCGAGCCCCUCACGUGCAGGGAUCCGUCCGGGCCGCUCCGGUAACGAGGGUAGGAUCUGCAGUCCCUUCGCGAACCCCGAGCGAGACCGGGCGGCAAGCAGGUAGAGAAUAUGUGAUUCCAUCCUUGGCCCACAGAUUUAUGGCAGAGAUGGUGGAUUUCUUUAUUCUCUUCUUUAUAAAAGCAACCAUUGUCUUAAGUAUUAUGCACCUCAGUGGAAUAAAGGAUAUAUCUAAGUUUGCUAUGCAUUAUAUAAUAGAAGAAAUAGAUGAAGACACGUCAAUGGAAGACUUGCAGAAAAUGAUGGUUGUGGCUCUUAUCUACAGAUUAUUAGUUUGCUUCUAUGAGAUAAUUUGCAUUUGGGGAGCAGGUGGAGCUACCCCGGGGAAGUUCCUGCUAGGGCUUCGAGUUGUGACAUGUGAUACAUCAGUGCUUAUUGCACCGAGUCGAGUUUUAGUGAUUCCUUCCUCAAAUGUCAGCAUUACAACGUCCACUAUACGAGCUUUGAUCAAGAAUUUUUCUAUUGCUUCUUUUUUUCCUGCUUUCAUCACACUACUGUUUUUUCAGCAUAAUCGAACAGCUUAUGACAUUGUAGCAGGAACCAUUGUGGUAAAAAGAAAUGGGGUCAGAUGAUGCUCAAAAAGCCCUGAAUUCCACAUUCUAUGGAAUAAUGACAACACUAAAUUAUGUGUCAAGGCCAUCAGUAUCCCUGGGUUGCAUUAAUUGAUGAUUUAGAAAUUAAAGCAGUCACUAUAGUGUGAUGCAGGUGACUAUUCUGAAAGUAUUGAUUUUACUUGAAUGCCAAAGAACUUUUCCAGAAGAAAAACCUGUUAAAUUCAAGUGUUAAAAUUUUUAGAUCAAAAAGAAGGCAAGUGGUUUUAUAAUCAACAAUGGACAACAUAUACUUUCUUAAGAUCUAAGGCAUUAGAAUUUGUUGAAGGCAUUUUCAGCUUUGAAAUCUCCAAAUGAAACUUUAAAAAUUUAUUUUGGUUUAUCCCAAAAUGAUGGAAAAUGUCCAGUUGUGUUUUGUAAACACCUAUAGGAUUCAUCUUUUAGUUUACACUAAAUCUAAGUGGGGAAAUCAUCUUUACUUUUGGAGGGGAGAGAAGGGGACACAAAUUGGAUAAUUGAAUGAUCUCCCAUCCCAGGAGGUGGGGUGUUAGCUGUAAGAGAAAGGGACAAGUGAGGCAGGCCUAGCAGUUCCUGAAGUUUUCCAAUAUGUACUGCAGCUCAAGCUCACUGCAGUAAUGAUGUAACAACUAUUCAUAAUGCUUAAAUGUGUAUUCGGGGGCAGGUUUUUCAUGAUGAUGAAAAUGUAUUAAGUCAUAUUACUAUAUUAUCAUUGACUCUUUUAAAGAAAAGGUAAGUUAGUGAUUGCUUUUAAGGGAGGGAAAAGGUACAUUUUCACUGUAAAUUUAACUUACAAUUCAUGUGCAAAUGUUUUCAGUGCCCUAAAUCAAAGUAUGAGGAAAAAUAUUACUUCCAUCACACUGUUGCAUAUUUACUGUAAAACAAUAUUCCCAGUAUGUGUGCAGCAUGAAAAAAGUAUUAGUGCUUUUCAGUGUUCUUAAUAUAACUUCUAUUUAUAAACAGCAUAUUCACAUACUACUUUUCUUUUAUAUAGUUCCUUAACUGUUGUAACAUCAAGGUGUUAAUAAAAAAUCUUAAUAUUUAAUGAGUAAAUACUAAUAGCUUGUGAAAUAUCAAUUUUCCCAUUAUGGAUUGUUUUCUUGAAAGAAUAUCAUUUCUAGACGUAUUAUUCUAGGUUCUUUAAGCUCAUUUUGGGCCUAACAGGGAUGAAGUUUGGGGAUAAACGUUAAAGUUAGUAUUUCAUGUAUUGCCAUCUCUGUUCUGUUGAAACACAAUAUUCUGUUGCAUGUUCUGGGUUUUAGGUGUGGUGCUUAUGUUAGAUGUCAUAGGCGUGUAGAUGUGUACCUGCACUAUUUAUAUUUUAAGUUUUAUUGGGUUCUUAGGCAUUUUCUACAGAUCCAAUAUUAUUUUCAAAACAAACACUAAACUCUAUUGCAUAGUUCAAAAUUAGAUUAAUAAGGGAUCAGUCUAGGCAUUGUUCUUUAUCUUAAAAUAUAAUGGCAAAUGCAAGAUGUCUGUUAUCACUGUAUCCAUUUUUAAAGUGGAUUUUUCUUUGACAUUUAAACUAUGAAAAAAAGAUUAUCACAUUUAACGUGUAUAGAAUCUUUAACAAUGUUCUUAAUAAUUUAUUAUAAAAUUUCAUAAACCGUGUUUUUCAAAAUAAUUUUAUAUUAAAUCCAACUUCAUAAAAACCCUAUUAAGUAUGUCAGUGUACUAAAUGGAUCACUCACUCGUUCUUUCUGGGAAGAUCUAGUGUCAUGGCCCUUAACAGUAAAAAAUAAAAAAGUUAUAUGAAGUUAGCGCUUCACUGGCAUUGUAUAUUCACUACUUUGCCACUGGCUGGGGAAUUCAAGUUGAAUUGUCCUUUAGUCAUGUAGUUCCAAGAGUACAUCUUUGAUUUAUAAUUUCAGGUCAGAUAAUUGAAUGAUUUGACAUCUAAGUUAUUUUCAUGUAUGCAGUAAAACAAAAGCAAACAAAUGAUCCAAUUUGUUAUACUUAAAAUAUUGCACAUGUGCUAUACAUGAAUCAUUCAGAGUAACAGCUCUGUAGGUUCAUUUGGAUACAAGAAUGGGUUCAAGUUACAUAGCCCUGUAAGAUACAAAGUAUUACUUUGUCUUCCUUUAUAGCAAAACCCAAGUCUUAGUGUUGGGGGUUUUUUUUGUUUUUUGUUUUUUGUAGAGACAGAGUCUCGUUUUAUGGCCCUCAGUAGAGUGCUGUGGCCUCACACAGCUCACAGCAACCUCCAACUCCUGGGCUUAAGCGAUUCUCCUGCCUCAGCCUCCCGAGUAGCUGGGACUACAGGCACCCGCCACAACGCCCGGCCAUUUUUUGGUUGCAGUUCAGCUGGGGCCGGGUUUGAACCCGCCACCCUCGGUAUAUGGGGCCAGUGCCCUACCGACUGAGCCACAGGCGCUGCCCGAAACCCAAGUCUUUCUAUUCAUGAAGUUAGCACUUUGAGAAAGAGAUUUUGAUUCCCAGAGUUGGAAAAAAAAACAAGAUGAACAACAACAGGGAAGAGGGAACCAGGCCAUAGCAUCACAUUUCUCUCUUGGGUUGUCAGGUUGAGUCUGCUUUUCAGAACAUUUUUCUAUUUAGUAUAUUUCACUUAUAAAAAUACUGAUUUAUCUUGGGCGGCGCCUGUGGCUCAAUCGGUAAGGCACCGGCCCCAUAUACCGAGGGUGGCGGGUUCAAACCCAGCCCCGGCUGAACUGCAACUAAAAAAAUAGCCCGGCGUUGUGGGCACCUGUAGUCCCAGCUACUUGGGAGGCUGAGGCAAGAGAAUCGCUUAAGCCCAGGAGUUGGAGGUUGCUGUGAGCUGUGAUGCCACAGCACUUUACCGAGGGCCAUAAAGUGAGACUCUGUCUCUACAAAAAAAAAAAAAAAUACUGAUUUUCUGUGUCAAAGUAUAAUUUUUGAAAAGGCGAAGUGAAGUUCUCACACUGCAAACAUUAUUCAUAACUUAUAAUAAGCAAACAAAAAUUAGGAUUCAAGGUGAGUGAGAAUACUAUUUCAUUGAGUAUGGUCUAAGUUAAACUACAGAACUGGCAGUUAAUUUAGGCAUCCGGGAAAUCUCAUUAUCCACCACUAAAGUAAUCCUGAGAGGUUAGUGCACGUUGAGAGAAGUCUGGCAUAAUGACUGAUGUUUAUGUUGGAGCCAGUAGCUAGGCCCUAUAUAGGUAAGUGUGAGUGAUGGCAAGCCCUGCUUUUAAACUCUUUGAUUAUAAAAUAAAACCAACACUUUGGGAUAGUAAGCCUUCGUUUGUCAGUGUUCUAAAAAAGUAUUGCCCUACUAAUACUUCCCUACCACUGGUUCAGUAGUUACUUGUUUACAUCUAAACAUAUACCUCCUGAUUUCACACCAGUAUUUAGGAUUGGAAAAAAUGCAUUAGAGAUGAGGUCUUUUUCCAGGUUACCAAAUGAGUGUUUAUUGUUUGAAGUGAUAGUAAAAAGGUUUGUUCAAUGACUUGUAUGUUUUAUGAAUAUUUCCAGCAAAGGGAAGGUACAAAGGAGUUGAAAAUUAUACUACUUGUGAAUAAAGGGCUUUUUGAUGUGGA